GCUUAGCGAGACGGAGAAGGAGCAACGGAGAGGGGAAUCUGUGUAUUCGCAGCACGAAACUCCGUCGUUGUUGCCAUCGUCGAAGUGCGUUUCUGUCGGUCGCCACGAGUACACUUGACGCAGGUGUGUUAAUUCGUGAACUCGUGUCGUUUCUUGCCGCGAGAUCCAUGGACAUUUGCUUUCUAAGAAAGCCGACGAGAUCGCGGUAACUCGCGUGAAGAAUUGUUCCAAUUGUCCUGACGAUUUACUUAAACACGUAGAGAAAACGACAAAUCGCGAAUUCUUUCGCUGCACCUGGCUGCGUUUUGUCGGAGAAUGUUUCUCGUCGCACCGGUCGACAAUAAUCGUUGGGUCUACGCAAUGCACGGAUUGGAGAAGCCUAUGGAUCAUGUGCCCGCCGGCGGUGUUAUGGCGGGUUCCAUUGCCACUUUGGCGAUCCUCUGGGUGUCCCUUCAGACGUUGGGCUUCCUAGGACAUUCCCACUCAAUCGGCACGCAUAAGCUGCCCGAGUCGCUGCAGACUUAUCUUGCCAGUUACACUGAACCGCUUUCAGGAUUACCAGCCAUUAACUAUGACUCCGAUGUCAUCGUAAACACGGUCCGUCGAGAAAAUCGAAGAUUUCCCAGGAUCGAUGGAACUACCCUAAACAAUUCCAUCACAUAUGCGCAGGCGAUAGUCGAUAAGCUGAACACUCUUGAAAGAAAUCUCGCGAAUGCCGGUAUCGAACUCCAGGCGCAGAGUCCGGCUGAGAAACAAUUCUGGAAUUCUAAUCCUUCGGCAGAUGCUUUUGAAAGGAGUAUCGAUGCAAUCGUAGCGGGGAAAGCAUCGUUAUACCUCAGAGAUCUAAAGUGCCGAAGGUUCGGUCUAGAUAAUAAUGACUGCGCCCAUCACAUAUCGACUCUCGGCCUACAGGGCACCCCGCUCGGUGAAUCUUGCGCCGCGAUGCAUAACAUGGAAUGCAAUGAAAAGUUAAAGUACCGCAGCAUCGACGGCACUUGCAACAACAUUGAAAAUCCGAGCUGGGGCAGCGCAAUGACCGCAUACUCUAGAGUACUGUUCUCCCAAUAUUUUGACGGCUUCCAACAAUCGAGGCGUAUCGGACAUACGAAGAGACCACUGCCAAGUCCGAGGCUCAUAAGCGCCGCUUUAUCCACUGCCAAUGAUCAAUCGGAUGCUAGCAGAACACUGGCCGUAAUGGAAUGGAGCCAAUUCAUCGCUCACGACAUAGCUCACACCGCAGUACGUAAAAUGGUCUCAAAUGGAAAACCGAUUUCUUGCUGUCAGCGUGAUGGAGACACCCUAUUACCGCGCCAUAUUCAUCCAGAUUGUUCUCCCAUCAGCGUGUCCUAUGGCGAUCCCGUUUAUGGCAAACAUGAUAUUCGAUGCAUGAAUUAUGUUCGCUCAUUGCCUGUCUUAAAAUCAGACUGCACUUUGGGGCCAAUAGAACAGAUGAAUCAGGUAACUCACUUUGUGGACGGUUCAACGAUUUACGGAUCUACCCGGAUAAAAUCUCGUAAGCUUCGCACUUUUGAAAACGGUCAUCUUCGCGUUGAUGUGCGAAACAAUCACACAUACUUGCCAAAAGGAGAUGCCGCGUCGCAAUGCGGAGAAAAUUGCUACAAUUCCGGUGACGAUCGUGUGAAUAUUGAACCUCAGUUAGCCGUGCUCCACACGAUCUGGCAUCGCGAACAUAAUCGCAUCGCCGAUAAUCUUGCCAAGUUGAAUCCAGAUUGGUCGGAUGAGACUCUGUAUCAGGAGGCCAGGCGGAUCGUAAUUGCUGAGAUUCAACAUAUCACUUAUAAGGAAUGGUUGCCUAUUUUACUAGGCAGAAGAUACGUUCGUGCCGUUGGUCUCAUCGUAGGAAACUAUCCCCAUUACAGUCGUAAUUAUAAUUCCGACGACGAACCGUCGGUUAGCAACGAGGUUGCCAACGCAGCCUUACGUUUCUUGAACUCACUGGUGCAAGGAAAGCUAAGUUUACCGGAUAAUUCUCAUCAACAGAACAAAACGUUGAAUCUGGCGGAGCAUUUUUUCAAUCCGCGUGUAAUCGAAUCGGAGGAAGUGUUUGACGGAUUACUUCGCGGUCUCGCUACUCAGACUAGCCAGAGAAUGGACAUUAGCCUUAUUUCAGACAUGACAAGCAAAUUGUACAGUAAUGGCAAUAAUUUAGGUUUGGAUGCUGUCAGCUUAGACAUUGAACGUGGUCGCGAUCAUGGCUUGCCAGUAUAUAAUUAUUAUCGUAGACAUUGUGGACUUCCUGCCGCCAAAACCUUUGACGAUUUCUUAGAUAACAUUCCCAUAGAAACGGUGAACAAACUGCGUACAAUCUAUGGUCAUCCCGAUGAUGUCGAUCUUAUUGUGGGCGGUAUGGCAGAGAGACCGGCGGAUGACGGCAUGGUUGGUCCGACUUUCCGUUGUCUCAUUUACGAGCAAUUCUCUCGGUCUCGACGUACCGACAGGUUCUUUUACGAUUCCGUGAUGCAACCGCAUCCUUUCACGCCUGAACAAUUAGCUCAAUUGCAUAAUGUUUCCUUGGCGCGAAUAUUCUGCGAUAAUGGUGAAAAUAUUACUCAGAUGCAGCGCAAUGUGUUCCUCAAGCCUCAAGUCGGAAAUGAAUUGAAACGCUGCACAGAUUUCGAGGCGAUACCCAGUGUGGAUCUAUUUGCAUGGGCAGAAAGGGCAAAAGCGUAUCGUUGAAGUCUUUAAUUAAUUGGCUGGUCACAUAACAAUUGCAUCCGUUCGCCCGUAAAUGCGGAUUUAAGGAGGAUGGUUUACGGGAAGCGAGCCCAGAACGAGUGCAAUCGCGCGGGAAAAGCGAUUGUGUGAGAUUACGUAAUAAUCUCAUCAGAAUCGUCAGAGGCGUCGCAACGACGGUAUCGUUCUCGCUACGAUGAAGCGAGAGGGGCAAUAUAGGACAGAGAG